UAUAUGUGUGUGUAUAUACUGUACAUAUUUUAAGUUUAUGAGCAGUGAACUGAAUUGUCUGUGUGUCUUUAUUGUAUGUUGUUGUCGUUGUGGUCAGAGAGGAGCUGCGAUCACGACAUUCGCCCUGUGAAGCUGUCCGAGGUAAAGCGAUGCGACCCAGGUCAGAUUCACCACGUCAGAGUCCAGCUGAGAUCCUACAAGCCUCGAAGACUCCACCAGGUUCUGAAACUCUACUGUAGCAAGUGUUCAUCCCUGCUGGACGUCCCCGAUGAUGAACUGGUUGCAGGUCUGUUUUCUGAGGCAUGCAGGGACUCGGGCUCCUGUGCUCCUCCACCGUGGUUGUUCUCUGGGCGUGUGAAUGUCCCCAGAGAUUCUUCAGGGUCCCCAAACCGAGCUUUGAGCAUUCACCUGUCCACCCAGCUCAUGAGUGAGGGGAAAACCAAAGAGCUUGUCUUCCUCAUGGGUUCAACGCUGGAGGAAACGCGUCGCCUGGCGGCUGGUUACCAGAACAUCGUCCCUGUGAGAUCGUCAGACAGCCACCUGGCUCUGCUUGACCUGUCUGCACCGUUCCUCUUCAGGGGCAGGAAGCGAUACUACGGGUGUAAGCAGUGUUCUGAGGCGGCAGUGAGGGAGCCGCGCACUGACGGAGCGGAGGUGAUCGAUGAGAAGGUCAUUGCAGAAGCUCUUGGUGUCCAGCUGCUGCAGUUCAUCCUGCUGAUGAAGCUCGAGCUGCAGGACGCCACAGGCACGCUGGACGUCUUUCUGUGGAGAGACGCUGAGCUGUUCUUCGGCGUGUCAGCUGAGGACGCGGCAGUCGAUCAGGAGGCUCAGAGACGCAUCCAACAAACUAUGGAUGCCCUCUGUCCACCAGGAGGCAACGCAGGGAAGCGUCCAUGGCUCAACGUGUGUCUGACUGCGUAUCUUGGAGAGGACGAUGAUGGACUGAACCAAACCUGCUACCAGAUCUGCCACACCACCGCCACCAGAGCCUCCUCCACCCAGUCUGAGCCUGUCUGAAGCAACUGAUGCCACUGUGGUAAACCAGUGUCCUGUAUAGGAAACUGUCUCUACCUUUGUGUGUGGGUGUGUGUGUGUGUGCGCGCUUAUUUAUUGUGUAAGACAAAAUAACUGUGAAUAAAUUAAUA